CUCUCGUGCCUCUCUCUAUAGGCGUGUUUCGCUCUCACAUUAUCGGCAUCCACGCGCCUAUCUUCCUCUUUUGAUGUUACGAGCCUUCUCUCACUUGCAUAUACCUUUGCCACCAGCCGGGUUGAACAUCACCCCAUCUGCUUUGUUCCUGGAUCUGUUCGAUCUCUAGCCUCGCUGCGUACACGAUCCGCGGACGCGAUGCAAACCUCGGGUUCGGUGAUCAUCCCAACAAGAGAAUUUGUCUAGCUUUCUUGCCCGAGAUUCCUUCAGUCACUCGUUCACUCAUGGUCUUCUUCACUCGCGCAAUCAUCUCAGUCUCGAUUGUCUACGAAUGAACAUCGAUCUUUGGCCACUCAAAUUCACCUCGACAACUCUCUGUCCGAAUCACUAGGACUAUAUCGAUCGUUGCCUUCGUCGUCGUACGAGUUCCGGGUUCAUCGCUACAUCACUUCGGAAGUGUGUUGCCUGACGACCAGUCCUGGUUACGGGUGUCGCAUCUCACCCCACUAUACCAACCACGCGGUUUUCAAGCGCUGCCACCACUUACGCACAGACCUUGACUGACAGAUGCUUUGACAAUAUCGGGUCUUGUUUCUACGUACAUCCAGUGGAUUACGACCAGCCAUGCCCGCCAUGACUGCCACCGCCCGCCCAACAGAUGACUUCGACAUGGGCAAGCUGCAGAAGAGCCUUAAGCAGCGACAACGCCAUUCCAUUCGAAUCAAACCUCAUGUGGCCAAGUUAACACCUGCUGAAAUCCGGUCGCUCAACAAUAGUGCUAUCGCAUCUUCAGCGGGGAGUCACUCAAGCUCUCACGCUUCAUCGCCGGCUCGAUCUCGCCGAUCCACCACCGGCACACCGCCAACGUCGCCAGACGAUGGCUUGAGCUCGCAUCGACACUCGGUGUCGCGCAAUUCACCACAUGAUGUCCUCACCCCGCCUCAUACGCCGAGUGGAGGUCGACGGUCGUCACAAUCGAGUAGUCACAGUCACCACCACCACAAUCAUCAGCAUACCUACCAAGUUCCCCACUCGAAUGGCAUUAUAUAUGCGCCUCGACCGCGGGGGCAUUAUCACGCGAGCUUCAUGUCGAGUGCACCCUCCUCCAGACCAUCUAGCUCAAGCUCGUCAACGACAUACCGAGGUCUUCCCACUUAUAGAGGGCCAGAAGUCACCCGAACGGGGUCGAUGAAUAUGCUGCAACGCCCAUCGGCAACUAUUGUCGCCAACCCUCUAUCGCAAUUCUCACGACCGAGGCAGAGCGCGUUCGGCGUCUCACCAGAACGACACCGACAUUCUCAGGAUCUGGGAACCGACCGCUCCCAAAGCUUACCCGCUCCUCGAGCCAACUCUAUAUCGAACAUUAGUGUUGCUUCGUCGCGACCCGCAAGCCCACCGAGGGUGACAGACUCUCCAGUGUCAAUGAUGGUUGAGGAAACGGAAGCUUUUCCAGUCUUGGAUCCAAACGAUCCUCACAAUCAGCCCAAGGAAUUUUCAGACAGCGACGAUAUAGAACACGAUCCAGUAAGGACGCCCUCGGUAAACGAGCAGCCGCGACCCCAACCACCCCGGACUCUUCCAGUAGCCCCAAUGCUGCCUCCGCCGCAAGGGGAAGAACAGCAAGAUCAGCAAGAACAGCAAGAACAACCACCGCCACUGCCACCGCCACCAGCAUCACCUAAAAAGGACAAGCAGAGGAGGUUUACCAUCAGCUCAGCCCUUUUCGGAGGAGACAAAUCUAAUGCAAGUGACGAGAAACCUGGGAAAUUGAGAAAGGCGAGGAGACAAACCCUCACGUCAGCCGACGGCCAGCAAACUGACCAUCCCGAUUCUGAGAAGAAUGAAACCGCACAAGGUGCUCAAGUGGAAGAAAAAGAUGAAACUCAAGCUUUAUCCGUCAUCAUUCCAGAUACAAACAAGGGCAAAGAAAAAGAAAUCCAAUCUGCACCGGUCUAUUCACGAUGUUCAUGCUGCGGCAAAGUCAAGAAACCAUCAGGAUUUUCAUCUGGCCUCAGCCCCGUAAUGGAAAACGAAAACCUUCGAACAAAUUUCAGCUUCGAGCUGGAACGCACAUCCGAAUCAUCAUCUGGAAGAAGACUUUCGGACGCGAGUCGCCGGAAAUUCACACCCAUCAUUCCCAUGCCCAUCAGCGAGACUGAGACUCGUCAAGCCACUAUCGAACCGUUGAUCGCUUCGCCGACGCAUGUUAACAAGGAAGCUGUACUUUCGUCGCCGCAAAGUAGCAUCGAAGGCGGAAGCGGGCAAGGGUCAUCACCAGUGACGCCGACUUCCAGAAGGCCCAGGAAACAUCUUGAUCCGCCUAAAUUUGUCCGAUUUGCGAGUUUGCAUGGGCGCCGGAAUGUCGAUUCGGUUAUUAUUGCUGAAGAGGAGGAAGAGAUCCCUGAGAACACGCCUCUCAUGGAAGGCCAAGGGCAAGGACAGCAACAGCAGCAGCAUCUCCACGAGGACGUGGUCGAAACAGAAGAACUGUUUUACGGCAACGAGGAUACGACCGAAUUGCCAGAUGUGGUGAUCAGCCAGCCUGUAUUCGACAUGGAGCCCAUCCACCAACAUCAACCUUUGAUUCAACCACGAGUAUUAGUACAGAGCCCCUCGUCCAGCCAACGCACCAGUCAAGACCUCCAGCACCACAGACCAUCCGUAGCAGGAUCCGACUCCGAUAUGUUCUUUACGCCUCGAGACGGGAUCUCUCCAGCUGGUGAAAACCCACCUUCGCCUGCUGCUGCAGCCCCGACACUCUUAACCAGGACUUCGUUCCUUGACUUGCCUGAAUCCAAUUUGGACUUGCAAUUGAAGGAUUUUGGCGUUACUGACAAAUCAUCGACGACGACGACUAUCAUUUUGACUGAGGAUGCUGCUAUUGUUGAUGGUGUGCAACUCGAUCGUAAACCAGGGUCUGAGGUCAGGGUGGCAUAAAACGACAGUUUUUGGUUCUCCGAAUGAAUUAAACAGACGUGGACGGACGGACGACUCUCCUCGAUUUGCAGAGACUGGUGUUUUUUGGUCAUGAGAAACGAAGGGAAGGAAGCGAGCCCGAACAUGACUGAUGGAUUGAUCGAUUUCUCUUUUUAACAUCGCGGAUGGCGGAUGGACUGGAAUGAGUUGGAAUCACUUUUGACGAUAUUUGAUUGCAUUCAAGCGCUGGCAAGGAUGAGUGAAGAUGGUUCGCAUGAAGGAAAGCAAGCUUUGAAGUUUUAAUGAGAGGUUGAAGUUUGGUAUUUUUUUAUGCAUGAUACCAUGAGUCUUACUUAGUGUAGCGUUCAGUUUCCAUCCAAUCAUCAGAUAUCAUUGUUCACGG